AUGCACGCAACACAGGCUAGCCAAAUGCGCUAGCCAGCACUGUUUUAGCCCUUUUUCUCCUUCGUUCCUGAGGUGCCGGAGCGAAUUUCUCUGGCGUCUGCUUGUUUGUGGCCUACACUACUCUGCAAUCAUGAGUAAGGUUUCAAGAGACGCACUCUACGAGUGUGUAACUGGAGUCUUGAAAGGUUCCAUUGAGAAGCAGCGCAAGUUCGUGGAGACAGUGGAGCUUCAAAUUGCCUUGAAGAACUACGAUCCUCAGAAGGACAAGCGUUUCAGCGGCACUGUCAGGCUGAAGCACAUCCCUCGUCCCAAGCUGCGCAUCUGUGUAUUCGGAGAUCAGCAGCAUUGUGAUGAGGCGAAGGCUGCUGGAUUCCCGUUCAUGGAUGCCGAAGCCCUGAAGAAGUUGAACAAGAACAAGAAGCUUGUGAAAAAGCUUGGCAAGAAGUAUGAUGCCUUCCUUGCCUCAGACACCCUGAUCAAGCAGAUUCCACGUCUUCUUGGCCCUGGCCUCAACAAAAUGGGAAAGUUCCCGACCCAGAUAACCCAUGGUGAAAACAUGAAGCACAAAGUCGAAGAGAUGCGCAGCACCAUCAAGUUCCAGAUGAAGAAGGUUCUCUGUCUGGCCGUUGCUGUUGGUCACAUCAAGAUGGGUGAAGACGAGCUUGUGUCUAACAUUUUCAUGGCUGUCAACUUCCUAGUCUCCCUGCUGAAGAAGAACUGGCAGAACGUGCGCUCUCUGCACAUCAAGAGCACCAUGGGAAAGCCCCAGCGACUCUACUAAGAACCCGGCACCAUUUUUCAUCAUUGUUCUUUGCAAUAUGAAAGUUUUUUUACAAUUUUA